AUGUCGAAGCAAUUCACGGCCAACGAUGUGAAAGAGCACAGUACACCCGAGAAGGUAGGCGGAGAAGCGUUAUGGCAUAAAUUCGAGACUCACACUCGGCAGGGUCUCUAUAUCAUCAUCGACAACGAUGUGUACGAGAUGGGUGGCUUCGUCGACGAGCAUCCUGGCGGCGCAAAGAUCCUCAAGAGAGUGGGCGGCAAGGAUGCUAGCAAACAAUUCUGGAAGUAUCACAACGAAUCGGUCCUCAAGAAAUAUCAAGCACGACUAAAGAUCGGCGAGCUGAAAGAGUCCGCCAAAUUAUAG